CAGCUUCGCACCAUCGCCGUCAAGAUUAAGGCGUCGCCGACUGUGUUGAUGCCUGCAUGGAACAGGCUGUUAGCGCAGCUCGCGCUCAAGGCGCGGGUCAUCCCAAUCGACGUCUGCACGCAGUGGAACUCCACACUUACCUUGGUUCAUGCAGCUGUUGAGCUGCGCAUGCCUAUCACCGUUUUCUGUGCGUCGGACGAGGGGAGCGAUGCGCUGGGUGCGUUUGCGCUGACGCCGCGUGAAUGGCUCAUUGCGGAGCAGCUCAUUGACGCUCUGAAGGAUGCGACCGAAUUCUUCUCUCGCGACACACCAAACCUGGCCCUCGUUAUCCCGGUCAUGGACAAGAUUGAUCAGGCCCUGACCACCAAGCACCUCCCGGGCAGCCUGUUCCGCGGCGGUAUCCCCUACGACCCCGCCAUUCAUGCCGCGUUCGGCUUCGCCAAGCAGAUGCUGAACAAGUACUAUGAACUCACCGACUCUGUUGAAGCUUACCGCAUCGCUAUGGGUGAGUUUUUCGCUUCGCUUUUGCAUAUCGUGCUGAGGUUGAACCCGCAUCUUCAGUUCUCCACCCUGCAUAUAAGCUCGAGUACUUCGAGACGCUGA